CUUGGAGGCGGACGAUCAUCGCAGAGAUGUUUUGUUGUCUGGACUCUAAACCCCUCAGAGCUAUUGGUUCUAACACAGCAAAGCUUUAAGCUUUUGUUUCACCCUCUGUGACAUCAACACCCGUCUGUGCUCUAAUCUCAUGGGCUUUAGCUAGCCUGGGCUCUCUCCGGGCCUCUUAGAGGUUGCCAGGGUGAUGGGCGGCAGAGGCAUCUGCUAAGUGGCUGGAGUGAGAGAGUCACAAUGACUGCGCUGCAUGCCUGCAAGACCUCCUGCUGCAUACAAACACACACGGGUGGCUAAGCUGAACCGGGUUGAGCUGCUUUCAGGGAGGCAGUGGUAGGGUGUGUGUUGACACACUAUCGCUGGUCGCUGACAAAAAUGGCUUCUUUAGACUCUGUGCUGGGUGAGCAGUAUUACAGGGACGCUAUGGAGCAGUGUCACAACUAUAAUGCCCGUUUGUGCGCAGAGAGGAGCGUGAGGAUGCCCUUCCUCGACUCUCAGACAGGUGUCGCCCAGAGCAACUGCUACUUCUGGAUGGAGAAACGGCACAGAGGACCAGGUGUUGCCCCAGGUCAGUUGUACACAUAUCCAGCACGACGCUGGAGAAAGAAGCGGAGACCUAACCCUCCAGAGGACCCUUGUCUAGUCUUCUCUUCUCUAAAGCCCGAGCUGGAUCUGGGGCUUAAGAAGGAGGUUUUCUCCAGUGAUGGCAGCAGCUUAGAGGCUCUUCUGAAGGGAGAGCCACUAGAAAAAAGAUCUGGAUUGGAGCUCCGCACAGGGGAGGAGGAACCCAGCUCUACUGAGUACUCUACCGGGGGACUAAACCCCAGCAGCAGGAUCCGUAAAAAAAUUUUGGAGCCAGAUGAUUUUCUAGAUGAUCUGGAUGAUGAAGAUUAUGAAGAAGAGACUCCAAAGAGACGGGGAAAAGGCAAGGGAAAGGGUCGUGGUGUCAGCAGUGCUAGGAAGAAGUUGGAAGCUGCAGCUGCUUUGGAGGAUCAGGACAGACCGUACGCCUGUGACAACACUUUCAAACAAAAGCAUAUUUCAAAAUCUUCUGAAAGAGUCUGUGGGAAGCGCUAUAAGAACAGGCCUGGUCUCAGUUAUCAUUACGCCCACUCUCACUUGGCUGAGGAGGAGGGGGAGGAGAAAGAUGAGAUGGACAUGCGCGAACCCACUCCACCCCGACAAGACGAACCGAAGACUCCUAAGAAGGGCCCAGACGGUUUGGCUCUGCCAAACAACUACUGUGAUUUUUGUUUGGGAGAUUCUAACCUGAACCAGAAAACCGGCCAAUCAGAAGAGCUUGUGUCCUGUUCAGACUGUGGCCGUUCUGGUCACCCCUCAUGUCUGCAGUUCACUCCAGUGAUGAUGGCUGCUGUGAAAACCUAUCGCUGGCAGUGCAUUGAGUGCAAGUGCUGCAACAUAUGUGGAACCUCAGAAAAUGAUGAGCAGCUGUUGUUCUGUGAUGACUGUGACCGAGGUUACCACAUGUACUGCCUCUCGCCCCCCAUGUCUGAACCUCCUGAAGGAAGUUGGAGUUGUCAUUUGUGUUUGGCCCUCCUGAAGGAGAAGGCAUCCAUAUACCAAAAUCAGAAUGCACCGCCAUCGUGAAGGCCUUUUUGAAAAGACAAACCCUCUUUCUCAUAGUUCCCUCCAGGAUUUGUUUGUUCAAUUUAAGCAAACAAAUCUGUUCAAAGAGAAGUUGUAGAGGAACAGAAAAGAGAUGACCACCUCGCCCAGGCCCGCAGACACAAAUGGAGGGAGAGAAAGAGAGCGGGAUUAAGGAUCAAGUGUGCCCUCCUCCUCUUAAUUCUUUCACAUCUCAGCAGGUUUGAUCUCAGUAUGACUGUUACACAGUUCCAGGUUUCAAACUACCCCUGCUCUUUGUUUUCAACUAUUAGCCCCCCCACAACUAACACAGUUCUUCCAUAGCAAAUGUCAAAGCCAGUCCGAAACACUCUUGACCCUUACAGCAGCACAGACCUGGAGGACGUCACUAUGAGAAAAUUAUGACUCUGUUUUUGAGUUCCUGCUCAUAUAAGACCUGAGAUUUCCACCCGUUUCUGCAGACACUGUUUAACAGAAAACAAAUAAUAAACCACGGCCUAUAUCAGCCAAAACUAAUAUAGCAUACUCCGCCAUAUCCAAAAUUCUCUGUACUGACACUAUUCUUAUCAUGGAGAGAAAUAGUUGAGACCAAUCAGCAUGCCAAUGCUUGUUCAUAAUAAGCGAAAUAGAAAAGAAACGAUAAUGUGUUUUUGUAUAUUUAUAUAUUUGUAUAGCAUAUAAAGGUGUGUUGUAUUUAAGAUCUUAAACAAUAGAAAUGGCUCGUUCUUAUGACGGGAGUUGCUUGGGCAGUUUUUUUUCAUAAUGAUAGCACCUACAUAUGCCACUGAAGCACAGAGUCUAGCAGGCAGUGUGUGCGCUUUUACUAAUUCAUGGGUUAAUGCUGCAGGUAAAGGCAGUGAUUUUGAAUUAUAUUUUUAUAUGAUUCAUUUUUGUGCUUUUAUUUGUCAUUAGGAUGUUCAGAAAUCAGUUUAAAUUGAGUGAAAGAUGGUUGUUUAAGAUGUCCGCUAAAUGAGGAAUAGGAUUAAAAGAGAGGACCAAAAAAUAAAAAAUCUAGUUUACAAGAAUUAUAAUAAUUGCUGGCAAUUAAUUGAGACCGAACAAUGUAUUGCAGACUACUCUGAGAUCAGUUUAAAACGGUAAAUUGUUCAAAGUAAUUCUGAAGGAUUUGCUGGAGAGUACAUGAUAGAUUCGUAUAGUCUAAGGAAAUUCAUAAACAGAAGCUUCAAUGCCAUAAUUGUCCUGUUUACUGUGAUGACGUUUCAUUGAUUACAGUCAUACAUAUGUGUGCAUUCUUUUAUCAAAUGGAAAUUCAUCAAAUCAAAUUGCCAGCUUGUGUAGGAUAUUGAGCAAAAGUCCUUCUGGCCCUCAAAAACUGAAAGGUCUCUCUCUAGAUGUGUACUAUGUCAAAUAACAGUGUUACAGUUUUUCGGAGAAAAAAUAAAUAAAUUCAGCAAUACCCAGAAACCACCCUUGAGGAAUAGAGAUGUCAUAAUGACUGUGUCAUAAUAACCAUGGUUGGUUAGCCAGUAGGGAUUUGACCUGAUCUCACAAGAACAUGCCCAUAUCCUUGCAAAACAGUUUGCAGUUUACAUGUUGUUUAUUGCUGUAUAUAAUUCAUCAAAUUAAUAAGUUUUAUUUCAUAAAGCACAAGUUGAUUUCAAAAUGCACUUACAUUUUUUUUCAUUUUUGGAUUUUUAGUUGAAUGAAAGAGUUUUUUGGCCUAUAUAUUUCAUCAUUGAGGAUUAAUAAAAAAUAAAUUAAUAAAGAAAAAGUCUAAAAAUCGUAAAAAUCUAAUUCUCAUGAACCCAGUCUCGCGUCUCUUAUCAUCAGAUGUUGCCAUUUAACUUAAUUUUUUUAAUUUUUUUUUAAGAAAACUGGAAAAAAAUGUCUUCCUUUUAAAGUGAUAAUUAACACAAAUAUGAAAUUCUUGUCAUUUACUCACAAUCCGGUAAAACUUUCAUCUGUGGAACCUGAAACGUCUGGUCUUGGUCACCAUUUACUCCCUUUAAUUAGGAAUUGAAUUAUGGUUGUGAAGACAGCGAGCUUUGCGAGCGAGAUUAAGUGACCCAGUGCUAAAUCCAGUACAACACAGAUGUGAAGUGUGGUAUUUGUUAAAUUUGCCAAAACUUAGUUUGACUUCCUAGAGCGAGCUGAGGCAGAUAUACAGCCUGCUUCAAAUGUUCCCCUAUUUUCCUGUCUUCU